CUCCGCCGCCGUCAUGAACAUCCGCAAUGCGAGGCCCGAGGACUUGAUGAACAUGCAGCACUGCAACCUGCUCUGCCUGCCAGAGAACUACCAGAUGAAGUACUACUUCUACCACGGCCUCUCCUGGCCCCAGCUCUCCUACAUAGCCGAAGAUGAGAAUGGCAAGAUCGUGGGCUACGUGCUGGCUAAAAUGGAAGAGGACCCAGAUGACGUACCACAUGGACACAUCACCUCACUGGCUGUGAAGCGUUCACACCGCCGCCUGGGCCUGGCACAGAAGCUGAUGGACCAGGCCUCCCGAGCAAUGAUUGAGAACUUCAAUGCCAAAUACGUCUCCCUGCACGUCAGGAAGAGUAACCGGGCUGCCCUGCAUCUCUAUUCCAACACGCUCAACUUCCAGAUCAGUGAAGUGGAGCCUAAAUACUACGCAGAUGGGGAAGAUGCGUAUGCCAUGAAGCGAGACCUCACUCAGAUGGCAGAUGAGCUGAGACGGCAGCUGGAGCUGAAGGAGAAGGGCAGGCACGUGGUGCUGGGGCCCAUUGAGAACAAGGUGGAGUCCAAAGGCAACUCUCUCCCAAGUUCGGGUGAAGCUUGUCGGGAGGAAAAGGGCCUGGCUGCUGAAGAUAGUGGUGGUGACAGCAAGGACCUCAGUGAGGUCAGCGAGACCACAGAGAGCACGGAUGUCAAAGACAGCUCAGAGGCUUCUGACUCGGCCUCCUAGAGCC